CUCUUCUACCUCUCCUUCCAUAUUCCUAUCCCAACUCAAAACACACACUCUCUCUCUCACAGUUUCUGGAUGGACGCUAACUUCUUCUCCUUAAAAUCUCAAACAUUAACCCUUACCACCUCCACUCCCUCACUCUCCUUCUUCAAUUCACUCAACCUCCGCCCACAAUUUCUCAGGCCUCCUAAUACUUCUCGAAGAAAAAAAUGCAACAGACUCGGCCUUCUUCACACUCGCGCCUCUCCUCAAUUUCUCGUCCGAGCUUCUCUCCAUUCCGAUUCCAAUUCCAUUUUUCUUGUCGUUGCGUUCGCCAUAUCCACCUUCACUGCUGUGGCUUACUUCAAUCACUUUUUCAAGAUUAAUAGUAGUUCAAAACAGGUGUCGGGUUCCUCAAAUAACGCGUUAUCUCAACUAGGCAGAAGUACAGGGAACCACACCAUUGAAAGUCAUAAUGGGACUACUUCAAGAGAAAAUGAGUACUUGAUGGAGAAUGUAACCAAUCAAGUUUCUAAGGAAGAAAAUGCCCAUCAUCAAAUUCAGGAAUCUAGUUUGGUGCAUGAAGGCUCCCUGUUGACUGGCGCAUCAAAUUCACUUGGUGUCGAGUCUCUUGUCUCUAGUAAUGGUGAUUAUGCUUCUCCUCAAGAAUCUGAAGCUACUGCUCUACCUAUUGCACCUCAUGUGCUCCCUGAAUCAAGUGUUGUGCAACCACUUAUGUUUGCAAAUGAAAUGCCUGAACUUCAGUUGGAGAAAGAUCAAAGAGAAACUUAUGUGGACACUGAGCUUCCUGAGCUGACAGUAAAUAUCACGUCUAUUGCUUCAUUAGUUCCUGAAAACAAUGCUCAUACUGAAGUAGAUGAUGAACGAAAAUCACAUCAGAAACUUGUUGAAGAGGAUGAGAUAACUACCUUUUAUGGUGUCUUCCAAGAAUCAGUCAGAGAAGAACAAUACACAUUUCAUGGGGCAAAUCAAUCAGUGCUGAAGCCCCUAGCAAGCUUGGCUGCUGUAAAAGCUAUAUCUUCUCAUGCUUCUCCUAUGAAUAGCUAUAGCCUUUUUUCACUGAAGAGGAAUACUGAAAUAAAAGGAGCAGAAUUAUCAGUACCGGAUACUUUUCAAACUGCAGAGUAUGUUGAAGAAAAAAUUACUCUUUCACACAAAGGAGGAGCUUCCCACAAAAGAAAAGGCAUAAGGAGAGGCAUAGACAUCCCCAGAAACGAAGAAAGGGUAAAUCUGGUACAGGAAAACGGCAGAAAUUUGCUCCAGUUCCCCUAUCCAAAUGGGAUGUCUGCUAAUGACACUGAUUUUUCAGAGCAAUUAAGUGUUUACAAUCGCUUGCUAAGAGUUGGGAGGUUAACUGCUUGCGUAGAUUUGCUUGAAGACUUGGAAAGAAGGGGUUUGUUGGAUAUGAAUAAGGUUUAUCAUUCAAGGUUUUUUAAUACCUGCAAAAGUCAAAGGGCUACUAAAGAAGCUUUUCGUUUCUUCAAGCUGAUCUCAAACCCAACCUUGAGUGCUUUUAACAUGCUGAUGUCUGUGUGUGCAAGUUCUCAAGAUUCAGAGGGUGCUUUUCAAGUUUUGCAACUUGUCCAGAAGGCUGGGUUGAAAGCUGAUUGUAAACUUUACACAACUUUAAUAUCAACCUGUGCUAAAAGUGGGAAAGUUGAUGCAAUGUUUGAGGUGUUCCAUGAGAUGGUUAAUGCUAGAGUAGAGCCAAAUGUUCAUACGUAUGGGGCACUUAUUGAUGGCUGUGCAAAAGCGGGGCAAGUAGCCAAGGCUUUUGGUGCUUAUGGGAUUAUGAGGUCUAAGAAUGUGAAACCGGACCGAGUUGUAUUCAAUGCACUGAUCACGGCAUGUGGUCAAUCUGGAGCGGUUGAUCGUGCCUUCGAUGUUUUAGCAGAAAUGAAUGCAGAGACGCGACCUAUAGACCCUGAUCAUAUUACUGUUGGUGCCCUGAUAAAAGCUUGUGCAAAUGCUGGUCAGGUUGAUCGAGCACAAGAAGUAUACAAGAUGAUUCAUAAAUAUAACAUCAAGGGCACUCCAGAGGUCUAUACCAUUGCUCUCAACUGUUGCAGCCAGACUGGUGAUUGGGAGUUUGCACGCAGCAUAUAUAGUGACGUGAGAAGGAAAGGGGUGGUCCCUGAUGAGGUGUUUCUGAGUGCAUUAAUAGAUGUUGCAGGGCAUGCUGGAAAAGUGGAGGCUGCCUUCGAAAUCCUAGAGGAAGCUAAGACUCGAGGAAUGCGUCUUGGAAUUAUAUCAUAUAGCUCAUUGAUGGGGGCCUGUAGCAAUGCAAAAAACUGGCAGAAGGCACUGGAGCUAUACGAAAAUAUGAAGUCCAUUAAACUGAACCCCACAGUUUCUAUUAUGAAUGCAUUACUUACUGCAUUGUGUGACGGGGAUCAGUUACUAAAGGCAAUGGAAAUUCUAUCAGAAAUGAAGAGAUUAGGGUUAUGCCCAAAUAGCAUUACAUACUCCAUACUCUUAGUGGCAAGUGAAAAAAAGGACGAUGUAGAUGUAGGCCUCAUGCUUCUUUCUCAAGCCAAAGAAGAUGGAAUUACUCCUAACCUCAUUAUGUUUAAAUGCGUGAUUGGCAUGUGCUUGCGGAGAUUUGAGAAGGCUCAUACCCUUGGUGAACAUGUUUUGUCUUUCAAUUCUGGACAACCACAGAUUGAAAAUAAAUGGUACCUUUUUUUGCUACAGCAGUUAUUCUGUUGA